GAGACUUCUGAUCAUAAACAUUUCUAUUGUUUUUUUCUCGUAUCCUUAGUUGUAAAUCAUUCUAUAGCACAAGCGCCACCAGUUCCUUCAAACUGGUGGCAAUAUCCUUAUCCUUAUGAUGUUGUUGCUCUAGCUGGUGCACAGGCUCAAUUACAGGAGGAAAAUUUAGUAGAUAGUUAUACAGAGAGUCCACCAAAAAAACGCAAAUGUUUUGACCCCAAAAUUGGUAAAUUGAAAAAGGGAAAUACAAAAUGUUCAAAGAGUUUGAACAAAGUAAGACGAGUAGACGGAUAUUGUAAUGACUUAGACAAUCCAGCAGCAGGAGGCGUUAAUUACCGUUUUGGCAGGAAUGUUCCCCUUAAAGUCACAUCUCAGGAUUACUGCAAUAUGUACAAACCGAACCCACGUGAAAUCAGCAGAAAACUGAUGCAGAGAACUGAAUUUAUACCAGCUACCACUAUAAACAUUCUAGUUGCCGGUUGGAUACAAUUUAUGAUACAUGACUGGUUUGAUAGUGGUACAAAUGACAGAAGCAGAAAAAUGGAAGUUUCCUUGCAAGAUGAUGACCCUGAAUUUAAUGAAACAAUUAAUAUACCAUCAACUCGGUCCGAGGGUUGUACUCCUCUGCCGGGAAUAAACAAAGACAUCUGCAAAAGAUUAUCAGAGGAUUUCUCCUACUGUAAGGAUGUUAAGGACUACGACUCAUAUCAAAAUAUAGUCACACACUGGUGGGAUGCAUCUCAAUUGUAUGGAGUUAAUAAGAAAAUAAUCAAACGUAUCCGCACAAAGAAAGACGGCAAGCUUAUACUGACGGAUGAAAAUCGCCUGCCAAUAGAACCGUCAACUGGAUUACCCAUAACUGGACAAAAUAUAAACUGGUGGGUAGGACUUGGUAUGUUUCACAUUGUAUGGACUCGAGAGCAUAAUUAUAUAUGUGAUAUGCUGAAGGAGAGAAAUCCAAAAUGGAAUGACAAUAAAUUAUUCGAUACAGCAAGACUAAUUGUUUCAGCUGUCAUUGCCAAAAUUCAUACAUUAGAAUGGACACCAGCUAUUUUGCAGAACAAUUUAGUAAUACUUGGUUUAGUCAGCAAUUGGUAUGGCGUGACUCUGUUGGAGUUUGCCAAAAACAAUGAAACUUUAGCUGCCCAAUUGGCACAACAGUUUCCACAAUUAGCCAAUGGAAUUCAAGGAUCUGUAGGGAAUCCCAAGAAUAUUCGAGGAGUUCCAUAUUCUAUAACACAAGACUUUAUAGCUGCUUAUCGUUUGCAUCCACUGAUUCCUGAUAGUCUACAGAUCAGAAACUACCAGACAGAUGAUGUUGAAAAUGAGUAUGAUAUGAUGAAUGCUGUUUUUGAAAAAUCAGAGACAGUCUUCGAGGAAAAUUCAAUGGAAAAUCUAUUCUAUUCAAUGGGUAAUGAUCAUCCAGGAGCCAUGACGCUACAUAAUUAUCCAAAUUUUCUUCGAAAUCUAAAUCUUCCACCUUCAAGUCCACAUGGAUCAGGAUAUGUAGAUCUAGCUACGAUAGAUAUUCUUCGUGACCGAGAAAGAGGCGUACCAAGAUACAAUGAGUUCAGAAGGAUGUUGCACCUGACGCCUAUAACGUCAUUUGAAGAUCUUUCCACGAACGCUACCCAUGUAGAAGAACUCCGAAUGAUGUAUGACGAUGAUGUUGAACAAAUUGACCUUCUCGUUGGAUCUUUGGCUGAAACACCACUUCCAGAGGGUUUCGGAUUUAGCGACACUUUCUUUAGAAUAUUUUUGGUGAUGGCCCGAAGAAGACUAGAAGCUGAUCGAUUUUUCACGGAUGAUUACACUGCUGAGUUUUACACUGAAUGGGGUCUUGAUUACAUAGAAAAGACCUACAUGACAGAAAUCCUUAUCAGGCAUUAUCCUUCCCUAAGUUCUCAAUUACAACCGAACGUCACAAAUGUCUUCAUUCCAUGGAAAAGUCAAACAAUAUUGGAUGUUAACUUCCCUUAUCCAGACUAUUAGCCACGCGAAUCAAAUGAAGAUUACCAUUUAUUUAAAGCAAAAAAUUGCCUUCCUUAUUUUCUCUGUUGAAGAUAUUUAAUUAAUAAUGGCAAAUACCUCUUCUUUAAUUUUUAUGUAUUAAUGUGUUUAUACUACCUUAUCUUAAAGACUUGAGCAUGUAAGAAUCAUUUUAACAAUUUUAAUUACAACUAUUUCACAUUCUU